UUAAAUGGUAUUCAAAUAAACAGUGUCUUAUGAAAUUCAAGUUGUUCACACAUUCAAUAUCAAGUUUCAAUUGAAAUGCUUACCCUGAUUGCAUUACAAUUGAAUCAUCAAAUGGCGUUAACUUGUUAAAUACGGGAAUCUUCAACAAGAUUAUGUAUUAAAUGAUUGUUGAAUGAUUGAAGGUGAAAAGCAAGUGAAACUUAUUGAGUAAAAGUAACAUUUCAAUUCACAGGGAUUAGAUGUGAUCAGUCAAAUGGCAACUUUAACAUGGACUCACUUUAAAACCUUGAUUCAAUCAAUUACUAAUAACUAAUUUAAUAAACCCAAUCAUCCUGUUUCCUCCUACAAUUCAAUAUCAGUUCCAACAUUUGAUAUCAACAGUUGACAAUAAGAUUGUGCCUUUGGUGGAAACUAAAUUUUCAUGUAAACCCACAUUGAAACCAACAUUAAAUAAAUUAAAUAUGACAAGUUGAUCAAAAAAACCCAAAAAAUGGAUGAACCCAAAGACAGAUUUUAUUCAGUCUGGAUAAUCUUGCUGAUCCAUGGAAUCGGAACUCUAUUACCAUGGAACAUGUUCAUCACAGCCAAUGAUUAUUUUGUAGACUUCAAGUUCAAUACAACGGACCCAAAUGUACAGAGUGAAGCUAAAAAUUAUGCCAACAAUUACUUGGCUUAUGCUGGAUUAGCCUCUAAACUGCCCAAUUUAACCUUUCAAUUGUUCAACUUUUUUUACACAACAAGAUCUGGUUCCAUCAAUGUACGAAUUUUGGUUUCACUGUUUGUUCAACUGUCCAUGUUUGCAUUGACAAUUGUAUUGGCCUUUCUUGAUAGCUCAACAUGGUUAAAUUUAUUUUUCAUAUUAACCAUGAUUACGAUUGUUGUAAUCAACAUGGCCAAUGGAGUCUAUCAAAGCUGCCUGUUUGGUUUAGCAGCCAACCUGCCCAGUUCAUACACCAAUGCAAUUUUAACCGGAAUGAAUCUGAGUGGAACUUAUUCAGCAAUUAUUUUAAUUAUAUCAAUCACAAUAUCUCCUGAUCAACAAACUGCUGCCAUAUUUUACUUUUCAACUGCUCUGGUUUUCCUGAUCAUUUGCAUAGCCACUUAUUACACCUUGAUUUCAACAACUUAUUUCAAUCACUUUCAAAAUUUGGAUUCAUCAGCAAAUGAUUCCAUCAUAACAUCGGACAACAAUAACGAAUCAACUGGCACAACCGAGUCCAAUGCCCAAGCUAUCCUUAAAAUCUGGAAGAUCAUAUUACUUCCAUCAUUGAACAUUUUCAUGCUUUUCUUUGUCUCAUUAUCAUUAUUUCCUGGUGUUUUAACAGCCCUUAAACCAGUCAACAAUUUGAUGCCGGAAAAGUAUUUCAGUCCAAUCGUUUGUUUCCUCUUGUUUAACCUUUUCUCAGUCUUUGGCAAUAUAAUUGCAAGACCAAUUGAUCAAAUCAAUUAUCAUCCAGUUCGAUUGACAAUUCCAAUUGUUGGACGACUUCUCUUCAUACCCUUCUUCAUGCUUUGCAAUAGCGACCCAGAAAAGAGGCAAAUUGCCGUUUAUUUUGACAAUGAUUAUUAUCCAAUUGUUGGUACCAUUGGAUUAGCACUAACACAAGGUUAUUACACUUCAAAGGCUCAAAUUUAUCUGCCAAAAUGUGUCGAUCCAAAGUAUGCCUCGGUUGCUGGAAUGGUUGCAUCUUUCAUGAUCAUGAUUGGUAUAUUAGCUGGAAUCACUUUUUCGCCCUUCAUCAAUUAUUUAAUCACAAUUAGGUGGUAAUCAAUGUUUAAGUCAAUAAAUGACCCAUAAAUGUUGACCUGCAAUGGAAAUGUCGAUUUGUCACUAACUGACAUUUUCACCCUACAAUAUUUACUCCAAUGGUUAACCCAAAUUUGGGUUGCAAGAUGAGAAGGAAAGUGAACUGAUCAAGGUUUGACCUACUCUCUGGGUUAGGGCAAAGAUGCCAUUGAUAGUCUGUCUUUGGGUCAAUGAACUGGGUUUCUUUAGGUUAGAAAGGUUCAAUGAUCUCUCCAGUUGACCUUUUUUGCCUCAUUUUUGGAGGAAAGUGAAUCUUUUUUCACCUCCUUUGUUAGUCUACUUUCACUGGUGUUCCUCCCACUACUCUCUUCAUCAUCUUCAUUCACAAUUUACUAGGAACCAUUUUUUACGUUUCUUUCUUUUCUUUCUUUCUUCCUCUUGCUUUUUCUUCUCAUCAAUGAAAGACUUGAACUUGUUGACCUAAAUGAAGGUUAAGAGCCUUGAAGAAGGAAGUGUUUGGAUGAAGCAAAAAGGUUAACCAAGGUCUUUGACUGUUAAGGGUUUACCGUUAACCUUGUGUGAAUUCAUUCACUCUGUGUGACCCUUUGUGACCUCAUUUACCCGUUACAGUCAUUGUAACCAAAGCGUUAACCUCAAAAGUAAAAUGGGUUCAAGGGAUUAACUCCAUGACAUGGUUUACUUUAGAUUGACCUUUAAUAUCCGUAUUAUUCCUAGUAAAUGUAUUGACAGUUAUUUUUGGUUCUGGUUAAAUGGGCAAACAAUUGCAUAAAAAGGUUCAACCUGAUCUGUAGUUAAUGAUUUAAAUGUAUAUUUAUUGUUAAAUUUGAUUGAAACAAUCUAAUAAACCCUUUCAUUCAAAGAUUUA